AUGUCUAGCUCCAGAAAGAAGCUUCUUCUGAACACUGUGUCGGUGAAACUAGGCUGUGGAAGUUGCAGAAAGCUAAAGUUAAGUAACAUAUUCAACCCAAAACCAAAACCCAAGAACCCCACUUACCAAAAACACAAACUUUACAAUAACCAGUACUCCUCUUCCUCAGGUCCUUGGAGUAGUACUGAAGACAAAUAUGACAGUACAAGCACCCCAAAUACCACCACUACUACCAACACUGCCACCACAUUUUCACCUUUGUAUCAAUCAAACUUUUCUGAUUCAGAAACCUAUGCAAAGGACCAGAGAAGAGUAGGAGGUUUAGGCAGAGCUGGAGGAGAAGGUGUUGCUGUGGAGAAAGAUUCUGAAGACCCUUAUCUUGAUUUCAGACAUUCCAUGCUUCAAAUGAUAUUGGAGAAUGAAAUAUACUCAAAAGAUGAUCUUAGAGAGCUUCUGAAUUGCUUUCUUCAGCUGAAUGAACCUUAUCACCAUGGUGUUAUAGUCAGAGCUUUUACUGAGAUUUGGAAUGGUGUCUCUUUGAGGCCUAGUUCAUCGAGGGUUCAUACAACUCGGACCCGUAAGCCACGCAGACAUUAAUAGAUUAACUAUUAAGUGUGUAUUUGGUAUCACAACCGGUUAGACAAAAUCAUGGUAGCACCGUGAUUUUCUUGAAGCUAUAUAAAGUGUAGCUUCCACAAAAUCACGAUGGCUUACUAUGAUUUUGGCAAAUUAACUAUGAUACCAAAUAAGCGCUAAAUUCUCUUUGCUUGCAAGUUCUUUGUGUAAAUAGCUGAGCUAUGUGCUAUGUAUUAGGUUUAACGUAGUCCAGCUAUAUCUUGUUAAGUAUGCUUAUAAUUAUGAAGUUGCUAACUUUGUAUUGUGCUCCACAUUUUGGUGAUUAUCAUCCUAGUGUAAGAAAUGGAACUUUUGUUUCAGUUGGAAAACAAAUUUUAAUUUGCAUUUUCUUUCA